UCUGGACAAACCCGAAGUCAAAUGGUUUCACCCACUCACACAAAUAUCAAUGACAAUGUCGAAUGCGGACUUACAUUUCUACACUCCUUGAGAGGGAAGACUUUUGCCUGACAGCUCGCUAUUGUCAGUUGAAGGAGCUAACUAUGGGUAGUGAAAGUGUGGGGGCCAGUUUGAACGAUCUGAAGAACCGCACACAUGCUCUGGUGCAGAGAGUCUACAGAAGGGAUCAGGUACAGCAGUCUCUACAGUAUGCAAAUGAGAACCCCAUUCCGACCAUGUUCCUGGCCCUGGUGGUCGCCAUGGGAACAGUGCCCUUUCUGAUUUUCCUGUUCUUUGUUCUGGGCAGUCUCAUCUUCACCUUCAGCGGCUUCCUGGUGGUGGAAGGAUUUUUGCUGACCACUGCUUGCCUGGUCCUGGCUGGAGUCCUGUCCGGAGCUGCCUUUGUUGCCAUCUUGCUGACCCUGACAGUGUCUGCCACCUGGUUUGUUGUGUCCCACGGUCAUGAAAUGUUCACAACAGUCAGAUCACAUCUUCAGGAUCAUUUCAAAGGAACAGUUGAGACAAUUCCACCUGGUGAAAGUAGCAAACCUCAGCAGGACAAAGAAGAGCAAGAGGAAAAUGAGAAACUGCCCAAUGCUGCAUGAACUUAUGGAUUGUUUCUACCUGAUGUAUCCAAUAACUACAUGUUACUGUAGUUGAGUCAGGUGCCUUAACCUUCCAUAGCUGUCAGCUCAUCCAUGCACCCAAUUUGUAUCGGUUACAUCAUAACUUGGCAGGAGGAAGGUUAAGAAAAGUUGUCAGAGCCAAGUGAGCUGUCUACUGACUUUCAAUUAUAUAUUGUUGCAUGAUGUUUACCAUGUAUUGUCAUUAGCUUUGACUCAAUUUAAGGUUUAGGUUUGACACGGAAAGGCCAGAAGUUUGUGCUUGAAUAUGUUGACGAAAAAAAUUGUUGCAUCAGUUAGGAACUCAUUGUAUUUCUUGCAUGAUCCCCUAACCCACCACUAUGUGUACAUUCCAAUAAAAUAAAUGUUCAAUAUGAACAGUG